AUGCCUCCCUCAGCACAGACAACACGACUAGUUUCAACCCUGCGCCUACUCAUCCCGCGCCUCCGACUCCUGCAGAAGAAAGACACCGCAUCCUCAGUCGUCCAGCGGCGCGAGCUCUCCCAACUCCUCAGCGAAGGCCGCGAAGCGUCCGCGCGCAUCCGCGUCGAGAAUGUGAUCGCGACCGAUAUCGCCGUCGAGGUGAUGGAGAUGGUGGAGCUGUAUUGCGAGCUGCUGCUGGCGCGGGCGAAUGUACUGGACCAGCUCGCGUUCGGGGACAAGGGGACCCGCGCACGGCUUCGCGCGAAGGAGUUGCUGAAGAAGCAAAACAUUGCGCAGACAGGGUCAGCGGCGGGACCCGCUUCUGCGGGCAGAACCGCGGGGGAGAGUACGGGGUCGCGAUUUGGAUUUUCUUGGUUGGGAGGGGGAGUGCAGAAGAAGGAUGUCGAGCGACCUGCUGCCGCUACGUCGGCGGAUGCUGGCAGUGGUACGGAGCAGUCCCCAGAUACCGGUGCGGACGAGGAAAAUGCUUAUAUGGAUACUGCGCUCGACGAGGCUGCUGUCGUGGUCUUCUAUGCCUGGCACCGCUUCCCGCACGAGCUGCGCGAACUCACGAUGUUGCGCACAAUGCUGGGUGAGCGAUAUGGCAAGGAAUUUAUGGCCAUGGCUCAGGACAACAAGGUCGAUUCUGUCAAGGUGCCCGAUCGACUACUGAAAGGCUUGCGCGUUCGUCCUCCGGGCCAGGACCUGGUGGAGAGCUAUCUACGAGAGAUCGCAAAGGCAUAUGGCGUGGCAUGGCCGGCAGAAGAUGAGGAGUUAGACGUCCAGGCAGAGCUUGGAAGUGCGCCACCCGAAUUUGUCGAUGAUCUUGCAAGCGAUGACGGCAACGAGAAAGAGACUGCUCUACCGGAGACCCCAAAUAAGCACGCAGACUCCACAUCCCGCACGAAUUUCUCCGAAUCAAGGCGCGCUUCAGAAACGAGUGAAUUGAGCAGGGCUACGCCUCCGCGCGGACUCGCUGCCGGUCGUAGUCCUGUCAGCGUGGCUCCGCCAGCACCCAGAACUGAUAACCCCAACCCGCGAGUCAAGCUUCCGGGAGCCGAAGGAAAGAGUGAGGAGGUUGCGAAAGAUGAAUCUGAGCCAGAUGCCUCGAAAAAAAAAAGUGGCAAUGGAAUACCUGAGCUGGAUGAGCUGACACGGCGAUUUGCCGAUCUGAAGAGAAAGCCUUGA